UAAUACUCGAUUAUAUAAAUAUAAUACAAACAUUUCUAUUGUGACAACCUUUAGGUUUUUAUAACGUUUUACACCAUAGGAGAGAGAAAAUAACUUCGAGAUGUUGCUUUCUUUAUUUAUCGGUUUAUCUGCUGUAAUGGCAACCCAAGCAGUCGAUAUUCCAAGCAACGCUCGUGUCUGGUGCUACUAUACCAGCUGGUCUCAAUACCGACCCACUGGAAUGAAAUAUACAGUUCAGAAUAUGGACGCCUCUUUGUGCACACAUAUAGCGUUUGCUUUUGCUGUUAUGAAAGAUAACAGUAUAAUUCAUUUCGAAUAUAAUGAUAUCAACGGAACCUGGACAAAAGGAAUGUACUGGUAUUUCAACCAAUUCAAACAAACCUACCCCCGUAUAAAGUCAUUUUUAUCUGUGGGCGGUUGGAAUUUCGGUUCCGUAAAAUUUAGUCAAAUGGCAAACAGCCCUGCAACAAGAGCAACUUUUGUCAACUCUGCUGUAGAUUUCUUAAAGAAAUGGAAAUUUGAUGGCUUAGAUCUUGAUUGGGAAUAUCCUGCUUUAAGAAAUGGCUUGAAAAAGGAUAAAGAACAUUAUACUCUUUUGAUAAAAGAGCUCCAUAAGAAAUUCAGUCUACAGACGCCAAGAUUGCUGUUGAGUUUUGCUGGACCGGCACCAAUUGAGAAAAUCGAAGUUGGAUUUGAAGUAGCAAAGAUUAGUCCUUAUGUGGAUUUCAUCAACAUCAUGACCUAUGACUUCCAUGGCUCCUGGGAAAAAAACACUGGUCACUCAAGUCCUCUUUUCCCUCAUUCAACUGACAAAGGAGAUCUUAUAAAUUGGAAUGUGACCUGCAAGAUGUUACAGAAAGGAGCUAAACGUCACUACAUUGAUGAACAGAAGGUUCCAUAUUUAGUGCUGGGGGAUCAAUGGGUUGGAUAUGAAGAUGAGGAAAGUGUCAGAGAAAAGGUUCACUACCUGAGAAUGCAUGGUAUAAAUGGAAUGAUGAUUUGGGCAAUUGAUCUUGAUGACUAUAAAAAUUACUGCAACAAAGGCUCAUAUCCCAUGAUGCAUACAGUCAUAAAAGCUUUGAAAGACACUGAAAAUUUACGUCCUGAAGACAAAGCUGGAAUGAUUAAAGACAACAAAUUUUGCUUCAGAAAGAAAGCAGGUUUCUAUGCAGAUCCCAGUAACUGUCGAAAUUAUAUUUACUGUGGUUCAGUAAUGGAGAAAUAUACAGGACAUUGCAACAAGGGUCAUCGGUGGAAUGAUACAAAAAAAUCAUGCGAAGUUGAUCAGAGCAACAGUUGCACACAAUAGUUGCUUAGUAACUUUUUUAAUUGGAAGAAUGUACAGAAUGGAAGCAGCAUAAACUAUGCAAGGCAGAAAUUCCAGAAUAAUCAAUGUCUUUAUAUGCGUAAUAAUCAAUGUCAUUAUAUGCGUAAUAAUCAAUGUCAUUAUAUGCGUAAUAAUCAAUGUCAUUAUAUGCGUAAUAAUCAAUGUCAUUAUAUGCGUAAUAAAUAAAAUAAAAUAUUUUUUAAAACUCAA